GCAGGCUGCCUGCCAUUGGACCAGCAAGCUGUGCCUUUUUAUCCUCGCCUCGACUGGCCAGCACCCGCACUGCAUAUGUCUCUGACCAGAUGGACUGAUUUGUGCAUGGUAGAUGGUGAUGCCCGCUAACCGCCGCAAGAUUGUCAAGAAGCGCACCAAGGCCUUCAAGCGCAUGCACUGGGACCGCUACAAGUGUGUUGACCCGAGCUGGCGCAAGCCCCACGGUAUCGACGGCCGCUUCCGUCGCCGCUUCCACGGUCUGCAGAAGCACCCCAAGAUUGGUUAUGGUUCCAACCAGCAGACCCGCCACAUGAUGCCCGAUGGCUUCAAGAAGUUCCUCGUCCGCGCCCCCGAGGACCUUGAGGUCCUGCUCAUGCACAACCGCACCUACGCCGCCGAGCUUGCGCACAACCUGUCGGCUCGCACUCGCCGCGAGCUCGUCACCCGCGCUGCCCAGCUGAACGUCAAGCUCACCAACGGUGGUGCUCGCGUCCGCUCGGAGGAGUCGGAGUAAAGCCCUUGAUUGGUGCUUUUUGUUCCAAACUCCUUCGUUUGUCGGCAGCCUUGACGUGUCUCCUCUGACCAGCGUUUUUCCAUGACAUGUCGGGUCUACAUUUCUUGUGUGGCGCCCAACGUGUUGCUGGGCCCAAUCUCUUGUUUGGGGCGGCGUGUCUUUUGGACAGCGGCAAAUGAGCGGGUGGGGGGAGUUUUGCGGCACCCUCUGCUCCUUGUUUGCUCUCUUGUGGAGGUUGAGCCUAAUUUAGGCGUUUUUUGUCGCGACCGCCGUGCCGGUGCACAAUUGACGUCUUUACACUGA